AUGCAAAACGGGAAAGUGAUAGCCUACGCGUCAAGACAACUCAAGCCACACGAGCAAAGAUAUCCGACUCAUGACUUGGAAUUGGUAGCAAUCGUAUUUGCUUUGAAGGUUUGGAGACACUAUCUUUAUGGCGAGAAGUGUGAAAUAUUCACGGAUCACAAAAGCUUAAAGUACAUUUUCACGCAAAAAGAGUUGAACAUGAGGCAACGAAGAUGGUUGGAAUUGAUUAAAGACUACGGCUGCACGAUUAGUUAUCAUCCCGGAAAGGCGAACGUGGUAGCCGAUGCGUUAAGUCGCAAAGAAAGGUUGAAUAUGUUGACCAUGGCCCAAGAACUAUCACAAGAAUUUGAGAGGAUGGGAACUGAAAUUCGAGCUCCAAGUACACCUACAGAAAUGAUUUGUACCAUGACUUUUCAGCCUGCAUUGAUGGAAAAGAUAAAGAAGUGCCAAGAGGAAGUGAUGAAUAAGAAGAUGAAUGAGUUGACCGGAGAAGAGAUUUGUACUCAGAAAGACAACCAAGGAAUCUUGAGAGUAAAAGAUGAACAUCAGAAGCCAAGUGGAUUAAUACAGCCUCUAGAGAUACCAGAAUGGAAGUGGGAGCACAUUGCAAUGGACUUUAUAGUUGGAUUGCCAAGGACGAAGUCUAAUCAUGAUGCCAUUUGGAUCGAGACCCUCGUUUUAAUUCUAGAUUCUGGAAGCAAUUUCAAGAACAUUUGGGAACCCGACUCAAGAUGA